AUUCGACACUCGUUUCCGCCGCACAGCUGCCCGGCAGCCCCCACCCGUCCUUACGUCCCUGUAUCUAGCCGCCGCACAUCAUGUCUGACUGGGAGGCAUCUGACAACGAAGCCGCCCCGCCUCCACCCUCUGCCGUAGCAAGGAAGGUGACGAAGAAGUGGGAAGGAGAGGAUGAGGAGGAUGAUGCCCCCGUCAGCGACUGGGAGCAGUCGUCAGACGAGGAAGAAAAGCCCCAGCCGACAGCAUCAGUCGCUCCCCCAAAGAAAAAGGGAACACUGAAGGCGAAGCUAGCAGAGAAGGAAGCCGCGAAGGCUGCAGUUAGGGCAUCGGUAGACGACGACCUCUACGAUGAGGAUGCCGUCCUCGAUCCUCGUGAAAAAGCCCGGCUUGACAGAGAAAGGGAACUCGCAGCCGAUCUCAACAACGCAGUAGACCUUUUCGGAGCUGCUGCCCUGGGCGGCACAUCAAACAAGGAUCUCGACGCCCUCAUCUCGUUCAACCCCCGCACGAAAGAUGACUUCGAGAAACUAUCGCACAAUAUCAUCGAGUUCAUCGUCAAGCGGUAUCAGGACAAGCCUUUGUACGCGGCCUUCGUGGAGCACCACGUCCGUGAGCUCGCCAUGCCCCUGCGCGAUGUCGAAGUGCGCAAGGCCGCAAGCGGGCUUACCACGCUUGCCAACGAGAAGCAAAAAGAGCAGCGCGACAAGGCGAGCGGGAAGAAGAAGCCGAAGGCCACCGCGAAGCCCGCAUUGGGCGCAUCGAAGGUAUCGAACAAACAUGAUACCAACACAUACGAGGAAGCUCUGGAUGACUUCGGGUCAAACGGAGAUGAUUUCAUGUAAUGGGAGCAAAGGAAGCAGUCAUGUUGUAGCAAUUCACCGAAUCACUUGUCACCAGGGUUCACACAUAUUCCUCAUUCCGUUUGUUUGUAGCCAUUGUCAUUGCCAAGGAGCCACUCCUAGACUAUCUAAUUACCCUCUGAUCUACGCGUC